AUGGCUCAAAUAGUAGUAUCACCCCUUCUACAGCUGAUCUUCGAAAAACUUGCUUCACAGGUUUUGAUGAAGCUUCAGUUCAACAGCCACUAUCGGAAAAAGCUCGAGAAGCUGAAAGCUACCCUGCCUGUGAUUCAAGCAGUCAUCGAAGAUGCAGAAGAACAACAGCUCAAGGAUAAGAAGGUUAAGGUCUGGCUGAGAAAGCUUCACGAUGUGGUUUACGACAUUGAUGACCUUCUGGACGAGGUCACCAUCCAGUUUCUCCAAAGAAAAAUGAAGAAAAAGAAGGUACCGAUGGUUUGCUUAGCUCUUGAGCCUGUUUCAAACUACUAUGUUAUGCCUCGUAAGCUGACAACGAUUCAAGAGAGGUUGGAUGAUAUAGCAAGAGAGAUGUCUAACUUCCAGUUCAGGGAGAGAAUGGUGUAUGAGCGGCCUCAUAUGAUAGAACGACGACAAACAGGACCUCAUAUAGAUGAAUUAGAGCGAUACCUUCUCGUGUUGGAUGAUGUAUGGACCGAUGAUCAAGACGAAUGGGAGAAACUGAGAUAUCCAUUGAGAAAUGGUGCAGAUGGAAGCAAAAUUAUAAUCACCACUCGCAGCAAAAGAGUUUCAUCACAACAAGCUUUUGAGUCAAGAGAGGAGCGAGGAUAUCCAAACUUGCUGCUGAUAGGGAAACAUAUUGUCAAGAAAUGUGGAGGGGUGCCUUUAGCUGCCAAGAUUCUUGGAAGUUUGAUGCGCUUCAAAAGAGAGGAAAGUGAGUGGCUACAUGUGCAAAAGAGCAAACUAUGGAAUCUGGAUGAAGGAGAGAAUAGAACUUUUUCGGUUUUAAGGUUGAGUUAUGACCAUUUGCCAUCACAUCUGAAACGAUGCUUUGCAUACUGCUCAGCAUUGCCCACGAAUUUUGAGAUCAACAAGAAAAAGUUGAUACGCCUGUGGAUUGCGGAAGGCUUGAUUCAGUUGUCUGGUGAUACUUAUUCUACCGAGAAGACGGAGGACACUGGCAAUGAAUAUUUCAAUGAUUUGCUGUUGAUGUCUUUCUUCAAAGCUGUAAAUAAAUAUGAUAACAGCAAUUCACCAGAGUUUACAAUGCAUGAUCUCAUUCAAGACCUUGCAAACUUUGUCGCAGGUAAUGAGUUCCUGAUGCUAGAUCAGGAUGAUGCUUCUAUCAUGCCUGCAAAAGUUCAUCACUCAUCAGACCCAAGUAGUAAUCUUGCCCGAACUCACCAUGCAUCAAUAUUCUGCAAUUUUUGGUCUUACAGGGUUCCUGAAGCUUUGUACGCAGCAAAGCAAUUAAUAACUCUUAGAUUUUUCUCUCCAACAAAUGACUCUGACAAAGCCCUACCGAUCAUAACUGCAGUCUUUAAACGCCUCGGAGUGCUAGAUUAA